AUGGCCGGGGGAGGGGGAGGCAGAGACCAAGAUAAAUGUGCGCCGCUACCCACGAGCGGGCUGCCAAUUUACCCCUUCGACAAGGACUUGAUCCAGUUAGCCCUCAACCUCGAGUUCCUCGAGGCUGAGUUCUACCUGUUCGGCGCCCUCGGCAGGGGCCUCGACUCCGUCGCUCCGGAGCUGGCCAUGGGCGGUCCGCCGCCGGUCGGCGCCAGAAAGGCCAAUCUUGACAAUAUCACAGAGGCCAUCAUCGAAGAGUUCGGCUACCAAGAAGUCGGCCACUUGAGGGCGAUCGAGAGAGCAGUUGGUGGGUUCCCGAGGCCGAUGAUCAACUUGAGCGCCGAACUCUUUGCAGACGCAAUGAACGAUGCCUUCGGGUACAAUCUGAUCCCUCCGUUUGAUCCCUACAUCGACACAAUCAAGUUCCUCAUUGGUUCCUACGUGUUCCCCUACGUGGGCGUCGUCUUCUACGUUGGUGCAAAUCCCAGCAUUAAGGGUCAUGAGUCCAAGAGGCUUGUGGCGGGACUGUUAGCUGUGGAAGCUGGCCAAGAUGCGGUCAUAAGAUCGUUAUUGUAUCAGCGCAAGGAUGAGAUGGUGCCGCCGUACAAUAUAACGGUGGCCGAGUUUACGAUCAAGAUAUCGGAGCUGAGGAACCGGCUGGCGAUGUGCGGCGUCAAAGAUGAAGGCCUCAUCGUUCCGAUGCCGUUGGGCGCCGAGGGAAGGCUGACCACCAACAUACUGUCGGCCGACAAAGAUUCCCUCGCCUACUCGCGAACUCCGCCGGAGGUGCUCCGGAUUGUGUACGGUACCGGAAAUGAGAGCGUGCCGGGAGGGUUCCUUCCCCAAGGCGGGAAUGGAAAAAUCGCAAGGGGAUUCUUGGAACCUCGUUGA